GACGCUGCCGGCGAGCCAGCGAGCGGGGCCGAUGGAAGUGGAGUGGGGGCUGGAGAGGGCACCGUAUCGUAUCCAGCAUGCUCCAAGGCCACAGCACUGUGUUCCAGGCCUUGCUGGGGACCUUCUUCACCUGGGGGAUGACGGCAGCUGGGGCGGCUCUCGUGUUCAUCUUCUCCAGUGGGCAGAGGCGGAUCUUAGACGGAAGCCUUGGCUUCGCCGCAGGGGUCAUGCUGGCAGCCUCCUAUUGGUCCCUCCUGGCCCCCGCUGUUGAGAUGGCCACGUCCUCUGGGGGCUUCGGAGCCUUUGCCUUCUUCCCCGUGGCCGUGGGCUUCACCCUCGGAGCUGCGUUCGUCUACCUGGCCGACCUCCUGAUGCCUCAGCUGGGCGCAGCAGAAGACCCCCAGACGGCCCUGGCACUGAACUUGGACCCCGCGUUGAUGAAGAAGUCUGACGCCGAGGGUCCCCGGCUGUUCUUCCCUAAGAGCGAACUUUCCAUCCGGAUAGGUAGAGCUGGGCUCCUUUCAGACAAGAGUGAGAACGGCGAGGCCUACCAGAGGAAGAAGGCGGGGGCCACCGACCACCCCGAGGGCCCCGCUGUCCCCGCGCCUCCUCGAGGGAACCUGACGCCCCCCAGCCCUCCCAGCGGCAGCAGCUGGAGGAGAAUCGCGCUGCUCAUCUUGGCCAUCACCAUCCACAACGUCCCAGAGGGCCUCGCCGUGGGAGUGGGAUUUGGAGCUGUGGAGAAGACGGCGUCCGCCACCUUCGAGAGCGCCAGGAACUUAGCCAUUGGAAUUGGGGUCCAGAACUUCCCAGAGGGCCUCGCCGUCAGCCUUCCCUUGCGAGGGGCGGGCUUCUCCACCUGGAGAGCGUUCUGGUACGGGCAGCUGAGCGGCAUGGUGGAGCCCCUGGCCGGGCUCUUCGGGGCCUUUGCUGUGGUUCUGGCCGAGCCCAUCCUGCCCUACGCUCUGGCCUUCGCUGCUGGCGCCAUGGUCUACGUGGUCAUGGACGACAUCAUCCCCGAAGCUCAGAUCAGUGGGAAUGGGAAACUGGCGUCCUGGGCCUCCAUCCUGGGGUUCGUGGUGAUGAUGUCACUGGACGUGGGCCUGGGCUAGUGCCAAAGGGCUUCCGGCCCCAGGAGAGGCGGACGAGGACACAGCAGUGCCUGGCUUCCACGGGACCACGGACCUCUGUCUUCGCAUUAAACAGUUUUACUUUCUCUCCUUUGCAUCUCAUUAUCCUGAUCGACUGUGAUUAUAUGACAAUUCUUACUUUUCUUUUGAGGGAGAUACUGGUUUUAUUUUUGGAAUUUCAAGGUGUCAAUGGAACUACAGGUUUGUGUGUGGCCACUGAGUGGAGUCUGUCUUCAGUGGAAUUACAGUUCAGGGAAUUCUCAUCUCUGCCCUUCCGUCUCCCUCCAUCGACUCCACGGCGACUCCCCAAGGUCACCUGCAGAAGCCAGCUACCCAGAGAGGCGUCUCCUACACAUCUGUGCCUAGUGACUCAGAAAAGGGCCGGGACACCUCUCGUCUGUCCCUCCCGAUCUGGAACUGGAGCAUUGUGGACAUGACCUCUGCUACUCUGCAAGGCCCGGUCAGCCCGGGAGGGCCGACCUUCCUCUGUUUCCCCAAGGGAGGCACUGAAUGGGGUGGGGGCACAGGCAAAGGGGGGAUCAGCUAGUCUCUCUCUCGCUCUCUUUUUCUUGCAAAGAUUGACAUUUUGAAAUUUAGGGAAUUACGACAGCUGUGAACACACAGUGAGCCCUGUGCAGAGAAGAGGCUAGCUUUGGCCAGAGACCUCUGUUCUCCAUGGAUUCCAAGAGCACACUGGUUUGCCAUGGUAUCCAAGUCCCGUGACAUUUAUUUUGAUAAGUUUAUAGCCUUCAUUUUUCUAAGAGACUUGGGGACUCCAGCCAACCGCUAGAACUCAUGCCCUUCACUUACCUGUGGACGGAGCCACGUAAGCUAAUUGAAGUGAAGGGAAGGAAGACCUUCGGCGUCUGCGAUGGGUCCUUCUCUGCUGGCCAUCUGGUAACUUGUAACCUGACCCGGAAUUCAUAAACCGCAGCAGGCUUUGCUGGAAUUUGGCCAGAGUGUUUAGAAUGAGACGAGAAGAAUGGGUGGGGAAAAGAGAGAUUUGUACAUUUCCCCUUUUAAGUAAAUUUUUUCAGCAAGUCAUCAUUCUGACAUGAUCCUAAGCAAUGACUUGAACUAGCCUAGAUGCCAGUCUGUUCCUCCGUACACGUAGCUUCUCCCGCCUGGGUGACAGGACUUAGUUGCUGCAAAGCCAGCUAAGUCCUGCCGUCCUGCGUGGUCAGAGGAGCACGCAGGACCUCGAGCCGGCCCUGCAGACAUGGCAGGCAGCCCAGGAGUUUACAUGCUUGAUCGCUUUCAAGGGUGAAUGCCCUGCUCUGUGAAUGCCCAAAGACCCCCAAAGGCCAACCUUAUGCGGGGCCAACCAAUGUAUGUUUGCUGGAGCACCGGUGGUCAAAACCGAAGACGGAUCCAGAGGUUUGGGUGGUUGCGAAGAUUUGUUCCGGUGGUUGGUGUGUGUGUAUUUUCAUGUCUUUGUAUGUAGUUCUACAUGAUGACAACUUUCUGAUGGACGAGACCUCAUAACUGUGAUUAAUAUCAAUAAAAGGGAAG